CUAAACAGAUACCGUUGAAUUUAAAAAGGCUAUACAAAAUAUUCCACUUAUAGUUUAUACAAAAUAUUCCACUUAUAGUUUUUGGAGUCUUUGUGCUACAGUAGCUAGAGAUGCAUGCCCAUCAUAAAGACUGGAAGCUUUCAGGUAUAAGAAGGAUAUAUAGCAACGCUCUGAUGGCUGAAAUUGGACAAUUUGGUACAGGCCCUGGCAAGUUCAUUUGGCCAACUGCUGUGACCCUAACACCAGAGGGAGACCUAGCAGUGAAAGACAGCGGAAACAACAGGAUCCAAAUCUUCAGCAGAGAGGGAUUUCACAAGCAUGGGUUCUCUUUCAGAUCAAAGUCAGUGAAGUGCUUAGGUGACAUUGCAGCUACUGCAGACGGCCGUUUGCUGGUGACAGAUGGAAGCAAAGCUGUGAAGGUGUUUGCCAAAGACGGUGAAUUCAUUCACCAGUUAAAGCCCCCGAAGAUGGACUGGAAAAGCUCACAUGGCUUGGCAUUACUGCCCUGUGGCAAUCUUGCUGUGACUGACUGGACAGAUGGAGGGAAGAUCCAUAUUAUCAGUGUGGACUGGAGAAACAAUGCCAUCCUGAAAAUGAAUGUGAUGGAAGGGUUUGUCCGACCUGUGCAAAUCGCUGUUAACAAGAAUGAAGACCUAUUAGUUGCUGAAGGGCAGCUCUUUGGACAAUAUGAAGGCAGGUGUGUAAAAAUCAUUGAAAAUAAGAAGAUCAAAAUGAAGAUUGGACCAGAACUUGGAAACAGACAUUGUUUUGUAAAUCCAUCUGGAGUUUGUGUUGAUAGAGAUGGAAAUAUAUUAGUUGCUGACGAAGGACAGAAUUGUGUAACGAUGUUUAACCCUAACGCAUCUCUGAGUGCAUAUGUGGUAAACCAUGAACUGCAGGGUCCUUUUGGAAUUUGCAUCACAAACGAAGGACACCUGGCUGUGGCCGACUGCUAUCACAGUUGUGUAAAACUGUACAGAUACAGAUAAAAAGUACAGCUCUAAAGCGUGGUUUAAUAAAGAAACAGGCCUGUCUAGUAUUUAUCAGACAGGGGCCUUAUUUUUUAAGGUUGGUAACUUUGAGUUGAGUAUAUCUCCAAUAAAGCUCCUAAACUACAAAAAGCAGAUGACAUGUUUGCAUACUUACUUCAAAAACAUAAGUUUAAAUGCAAAAAUUAAAGACACACUUGACAUUGGUAAGAGAGAACACUUACUCACAAUCAGCUUACCAAGUAGGUUUCUGUAUCUCAAUAUAUAUUUUGGUCAGGACUUCUAUAGCUUUUUAUUUAAAAAAAAUAUUGACCUGAAUCAUUAGAAAUAAUACGUAAAGAUGAAGAAUCUGUAGUAUCAGUAUGUAUAAUUUGUACAACAGCAUGUAGACAAGAACAAUUGGACGAGCAUUGACUAACUAGACAAGCAUUGUCACACAAAGGACAUCUUCUUGUUCAUAACUUUUCCUGUGUUCUGAUAUGAAUGUUAUUUUGUUCUGAUAUGACUGUUUGUAUGU